AUGGCCAUCGAAAUCCACGGCCCAAUCCCCUCCACCAGAGAAGAGCCACUCUACCUCGCCGUGGUCCAUUACUACACACGGCAAUCAGGCGGCUACGACCGGUGGUCCAUCUUCGUACGCACCAGCAAGAUAGGGUCACUGGGGCUGGAAUACCAAAUCACAGAUACCGGCGGAAAGUACAUGCAAUACAACCCACCCACGGAGGCAGCACCGCUGGACGACAACAUUCCACACUCGAUGUACGUGGUCCGGGCUAUCACGAACGAGGAGGCCACGACUGUACGCGAGGUCGCGGAGCGUGAGCCACGCAUGUCGACUGCGGACGGGGAGAACAGGGCGACGGAGCGGUGGACAUUCAGUGUUAUCACAGAACUCAUGAAAAGGGGGAUUGUGAAGCCGUCUGAUGUCGAGGAGAUAGAGUCCAUGAUGGCUACCAGGCUGGAUUAUUGA